GUGUUUGCUGCUGGCCUCCCCCCUCCCCCCCAUCCCACAGGAUGGUAUGAGAUUUGAAAGAAGACGAUGCAUACAGGAGGAGAGACUUCAGCAUGCAAACCUUCAUCUGUUCGGCUUGCACCGUCAUUUUCAUUCCAUGCCGCUGGCCUUCAGAUGGCUGGACAGAUGUCCCAUUCACACCAGCAAUACAGUGAUCGUCGGCCGCAGAAUAUAAAUGACCAACAGGUUUCUGCCUUAUCAUAUGCUGACCAGAUUCAACAGCCUCUUACCAAUCAGAGGCGGAUGCCCCAAACUUUCCGUGAUCCAGCAACUGCUCCUCUGAGGAAACUGUCAGUGGAUUUGAUCAAAACAUACAAACAUAUUAAUGAGGUUUACUAUGCAAAAAAGAAGCGGCGACAUCAACAGGGCCAAGGAGAUGAUUCUAGUCACAAAAAAGAGCGGAAGGUUUACAAUGAUGGUUAUGAUGAUGAUAACUAUGACUACAUUGUGAAAAAUGGGGAAAAGUGGAUGGAUCGUUAUGAAAUUGACUCUUUAAUAGGCAAAGGUUCAUUUGGACAGGUUGUAAAGGCAUACGAUCGUGUGGAACAGGAGUGGGUGGCUAUUAAAAUUAUAAAGAACAAGAAAGCGUUCCUAAAUCAAGCCCAGAUUGAAGUGCGGCUUCUUGAGCUUAUGAACAAACAUGAUACUGAAAUGAAAUAUUACAUAGUGCAUUUGAAGCGUCAUUUUAUGUUCCGAAAUCAUCUCUGCUUAGUUUUUGAAAUGCUCUCCUACAACCUUUAUGACCUGUUGAGGAACACAAACUUCAGAGGGGUGUCACUGAACUUGACGCGAAAGUUUGCACAACAAAUGUGCACUGCACUGCUUUUUCUUGCAACUCCUGAACUUAGCAUCAUUCACUGUGACCUAAAACCUGAGAAUAUCUUGCUCUGUAACCCCAAAAGAAGUGCUAUCAAGAUUGUUGAUUUUGGCAGUUCUUGUCAACUUGGACAGAGGAUAUACCAGUAUAUCCAGAGUCGCUUUUAUCGAUCACCAGAGGUGCUAUUGGGUAUGCCUUACGAUCUUGCAAUUGAUAUGUGGUCCCUUGGUUGUAUCUUAGUAGAAAUGCAUACGGGAGAGCCCCUGUUCAGUGGGGCAAAUGAGGUGGAUCAGAUGAAUAAAAUAGUAGAGGUUUUGGGCAUAGCACCUGCUCAUAUUCUUGACCAAGCACCCAAAGCAAGAAAGUUCUUUGAGAAGCUGCCAGAUGGCACUUGGAACUUAAAGAAGACCAAAGAUGGAAAAAGGGAGUACAAACCACCUGGAACCCGAAAACUUCAUAAUAUGCUUGGAGUUGAAACGGGAGGACCAGGGGGGCGUCGUGCUGGGGAAUCGGGUCAUACUGUAGCUGACUACUUGAAGUUUAAAGACCUCAUCUUAAGGAUGCUUGACUAUGAUCCGAAAACUCGUAUUCAACCUUAUUAUGCCCUACAGCACAGUUUCUUUAAGAAAACAGCAGAUGAAGGUACAAACACAAGUAACAGUGUAUCUACCAGUCCUGCUAUGGAGCAGUCACAGUCUUCAGGAACCACUUCUAGCACAUCUUCAAGCUCAGGUGGCUCUUCUGGAACAAGCAACAGUGGAAGGGCACGGUCAGAUCCAACGCAUCAGCACCGACAUAGUGGUGGACACUUCACUGCUGCUGUACAAGCUAUGGAUUGUGAAACCCACAGUCCACAGGUUCGACAGCAGUUUCCUCCUCCUAUUGGUUGGACAGGCACUGAAGCUCCUACUCAAGUCACUGUUGAAACCCAUCCAGUUCAAGAAACCUCCUUCCAUGUACCCCCUCAGCAACAGAAUGCAUUACAUCAUCAUCAUGGAAACACUUCCCACCACCACCAUCAUCACCACCACCAUCACCAUGGACAGCAAGCCUUGGGUAGCCGGACCAGGCCAAGGGUCUACAAUUCUCCAACAAACAGCUCCUCCACCCAGGAUUCUAUGGAGGUGGUUCAUAGUCACCACUCCAUGACUUCCCUGUCUUCCUCAACUACUUCUUCCUCUACAUCUUCCUCCUCAACUGGUAAUCAAGGCAAUCAAGCCUAUCAGAACCGCCCAGUGGCUGCUAAUACAUUGGACUUUGGACAGAAUGGAGCUAUGGACGUCAAUUUAACAGUCUACUCUAAUCCACGCCAAGAAACUGGCAUAGCAGGACAUCCAACAUACCAAUUCUCUGCUAAUACAGGUCCUGCUCAUUACAUGACUGAAGGACACCUUGCAAUGAGGCAAGGAAUUGAUAGGGAAGAGUCUCCCAUGACAGGAGUUUGUGUUCAGCAAAGUCCUGUGGCUAGCUCGUGACUAAACUGAAACAAGUUUGUUUCUUGUGUGUUUUUAUAGAAGUGGUGUUUUUCCAAAAAAAAGUUUAAAAAAGUGCAAAGCUGCUUGAAUCAGAAGGAGAUAGACUUACUGAACCGCUACAGGAAGGCAAAGCUGACUAUUUUUUUAAACUUGAACAGAUUGCAAAGGGACAGUGCAGUUUUUAGAGCCAUGUCCAUACCUAUCCUAGAUAGCUUUGAGGUGAUGUUUCAUCAUGUUGCCCGUAUUUUAAUUCCCACAACCAAGCUACAGAUUUUUUUUACAGGGGUAAAUGUACAAAUCUUAGUUUCAGUUGCAAGCAGAUUUGUAAAGGUGCACUGCCCAGGAUCAUAUAAAUGAGCUUUUUGAGGUUUUUUAAAAAUAUAUAUAUAAAAUGGCUGGGGGAAAAUUAAUGAGUUUUAAUUUCCCAACAUAUGUGAGUGUGAAAAGGCAAGUACUGUAAGGAAGAGGGACCUUCAUAUUACAAAAUAUAAUUCUUCAGCUGUAAAAAGGGACGGUUGUAAUGGUGUUCAUGAGGCACAUUAAGCAUGCUAAGUGGCGGUAAUCAGGACUCUCCUUAUCUGUGAACCUACUCAGAAUUUAAAGCAGCAAUUAAAAUAGGAUUCUGUGUCUCUCAUAUUUGAGACCACAAUCAGCUAGUGUUGGAGUAUGACUGGUCUUGUAACUAAGGUGCACUGAGAAGCAAUCAACAGGUUGGUCUUGGCCAGUCCAGGGGAAGUCUUAAGUGGUGGUCUUUGGGGAUAACCUUUGGCCUUAUGGAUUUGGACUCUAAGUUAGAAGAGCCUACCAUUUCAGAUGCAAUCACUUUUGGACAUGCUUUGCAGACAGUCCUUAAUGCUGAAAACACAGAGAAUGGGUAAUUCAAGAGGCCUUUCUUUUAAAAUAGACUUUUGUGACCCACUUAUUGUAAGGUAUUGCAAGGUCACUUUGCGUGUGUCAUAAAAUUGACUUCCUUAUUGGUUGAAGGUCACAGGAGUAGUGGUUUGCUUUUGAUGGAAAUAGCUACAACUGUGUCCCUGCCCGCUUUUUCUUUUUCUUUUUCUUUCUUUCUUUCUUCUUUCUUUUUUCUUUUUCUUUUUUUUUUAGCUUUUUCUGGGCACGUGGUUUCUCCACCAUUACUUCUGCACAAACAUGUCUUCUGUUCAUCCUGAACAUUUUUAAAAAUGCAGAAAUUUUAUGUGACUGCUUUUUUGCCUCACAAUUAUGCUGUGAAUUUUACAAAAAUUUAUUUUCUUUUUUGAUAAUUUAUUGUACCAAAGCUGUUUUUAUAGCACAUAGAUGUCUGUAACCAAUAAUGUAGCAGUUCUGCACUUUGACACAAGGUGUAACUAGACCAUUUUUAAAUGUCAGUUGAAAAUUAUGGCUGUACUAUUGCUUAAACAAAACUGGAACUGUUGUUGAAUUCAUAGCCAAUACAUUUACAGUAAUCUGUGUACUGAACAUGAUAGAUUUGACAUCUAAUUCAAGACUAUAAUAACAUCUGUUACAUUAUAAAUGUGUUCAGGCUUCUGAAAGUAAAAGGGACAUUAGAUCCAGAAGCUAUGAAACCAGCAGUUGAUUAUUGUAUUCCUUAUUAGCAUAAAUGUAAACUUGAAGGCAAGACCUUGAUUGCAUGAACAGGUCCAAAACACUAGUAUGAGUAAAGGAAAAAGCUCAUGUGAGACCUGAGGUUAACAGGCUGUACUUAAUAGGUGCCUAAUUUUGGGGUUCUGCUGCCUUAAUAUAACACAGUCAGCUUGGCAGUUGCUACAUUUCUGGACCCAUAUAAAGAUUUUUAAAUUAUGGAGAAAAACAGUGAUUUAAGCUGAGGAAGUAGGGUAAAGAAGUGAUUAUCUUUCCCAGAUUAACACUGUUUGCCCUCUACGUGAACAGAAGCAGUAAUCUACCUCUGCCAGUAAACCGGUUAGAAAGGUCAUUCAGCAGAAAACCAUGUACUUCAUAUUGGUCAGUUCCAUAUGGCCAUCUAGGUCAGUUUUUCUGAACAAAAGAUGUUCUUUUUUAUUUUAUUUUAUACCAAUCCUCACAAAUGGCAUCAGAGAGGCUGAAUACAGUGCAAAUGUGAAAGAAUGCUUUGGAAAUUAUCUGUUUUUGUAAAUCAGCAAUGUUUUUAUCAAGAGAUCCCUAUUUCUUUUGUACUGAAAUGUCAAGCCUGUGAAUUAAAAUAUUUUUGAACUUGGUAGUUCAAAAACAUUUGGUGAUUGAGAGGCUAUCAUCUUAGGAAUGAAACACCAAGCUUAGCAAUACAAAUAAAAUAAAAUAAAAACAAAAUCCAGUACUUACUGCUAGGAAUAUAAGGGUAACAAAUAUAGAUUUCCCUCCCAUGCUGGUUUCCAUACCUUAGCAAGUUCCAAAAAUUAAUACUGUUUUAAACAUACAUAAUGAAAAACCAUAAACUCCAGUGCUUCUGCAUACUGUGUUAUGUUACAGUCCAGUUUUGUGUGCUUUACUACACAGUUUGGUUACAGGACUUCUGUGCAUUGUAAACAUAAACAGCAUGGAAAAGGUUAAAUACCUGUGUUCAGAUUGUAAGAUCUAGUCCGGACUUGCUGUGUAUAUUGUAACGUUAAAUGAAAAGACAAGCCCUUUGUAUUAUAGUCAUGCAGUCUUAUGUAUGAUAAACAGUUGAAUAAUUUGUCCUCAGA